GUUAGAAGCUAGUUUUCCAAAUUUCUCGUGUUUUUAUAAAAGUUGCAAAAAUGGAUCAUACCACAACGCCUGAACCUCAUUUGGUACCAGGGUAUACUGGUCAUUGUGCUCAGAAUCGUGAUCGCGUGGGAAAAUCGUAUGGCAUCCAAACGCACAAACUACUUAUCGAUCCGUGUAUUAACCAUGCGCCGGAACUGAUCGUAGCGCCCAUAGACGCCAAGCCCGAUCUCAAGGAUUAUCCAACACAGAAUGAACUAAGGAUCCUUCAUGAUCGCGAGGAGUUUGUCGACUCCGUUUACAAGCAUCCAAUAAUUCCUGGCUAUGCGGGCUUCGUUCCCAACAUGUUCACCCAGACGGGCAAGCGAUACGUCGCCGCUGCUACCGCCGGAGUCGCUCAACACGAGACGUUGAUGCAACGCUAUCGUUGUGACAAUCGCACUCUCCGACACCGCGACCUUCUUGAGAGCGGGAACGGUCUCUUUGAGCACAAGUUGAACGAGCGCCUGCUACCGAGAACCUCUUACCGUGCUCCACUGAUACCGGUGACUGGUCGUUCCAGAGGCAUCAGGGAAGAGAAGUGUCCACCGACGUCGGAAAAGUUGACCUAUAGUAAGUUUACGACACCACACUUUCUGGAUGAUGAUGAUAAGGAUAAGUUCAUCAUCAACGGAUAUGCCGCACAUAUUCCGAUGGCCGUGACACGUUUUGGAGAGCCCAGCAAGGUGUUGACCCAUCACGCCCUCUGCAGUUUUUCCAACUAUAUGUAUAAGAAGAAGCGGGAUAAGUGGUGCUGUGGCCAGGAUUUAUCCACACCCGCCAUUCAAUGCCCGCCAGUUGGACACUUUGUGAUCUAUCACAACGACCAUGGCAUGAAUCCCAGCUAUGCGGGUCAUGUUCCCGGACAUCUGUACAAAUACGGUCGGACAUACGGAAAGACAACAUAUCAUGCGAAACGAUGGCUCGAAAUUCACAAGGAUCUUUUAGUUCUGCCAGAGAUUGCGAAUUUGGAUUAUGAGUACUAGCAACAGUUCAAAUUCAAACAAUUUCUUUAUUUGUGUAUUUAAUCAGUCAUUUAUUUGCUCUGAAAAAUAAAGAACUGUAUUCCGGAAAUACCUAAAAUAAAA